AUGGGCUUGCUAUCCUUGGGAACUCCACUAGAUUGGCACGAAUCUAAAAAAUACAAUGAGCAUGUACGCGACAAUGGAAUCACACAGCUCAUAAACAUCUUUAAGCAACAUUACAACCGCGAGAAUGACGAGUUUCUUUGGGGAGACGAAGUUGAAUAUAUGUUGGUGGAUGUUGAUCAAGAACAUCACACUGCGAAGUUGGCCAUCGAUAAGGAUUACAUAUUGGACGAUUUAAAUGAUGCGAAAAAGGGUUUACCAAAUGCCCAAAAAAAUAAUGUGUCUUUCCACCCGGAGUAUGGACGAUAUAUGAUUGAAGGAACACCGCUUAGACCAUACGAUGGGAAUAAAUUAGAGGAUUACGUUUACGUUGAAGAGAAUAUGGUCAAGAGAAGAAAAAUUAGCUCUGAAGAAUUACCGAAAAAUAUCAAGCCCUUAACGUUGACAAGUUUUCCAAGAAUGGGAUGUCCCAAUUUCACAUCACCUUCAGCAAAAGCUAUAGGACCAGCAUCACAAUCGUUGUUUUUACCUGACGAAAUCAUUAACCGCCAUGCUAGAUUCCCCACCUUGACUGCGAACAUUAGAAAGAGAAAAGGCCACAAAGUGGCAAUCAAUCUACCAAUAUUCCCUGAUAAACACACCAAGUUAUUGGAUGACUCGAUUCCUGCAAAUAGACAAUUAUUCAAGAGCGAUCAGGAGCCAUUUCUUGGUGCAUCAAAACCAGGGUAUGUAUACAUGGAUUCCAUGGGGUUUGGAAUGGGAUCCAGUUGUUUGCAAAUCACUAUGCAAGCAGCCAAUAUCAACGAGGCACGCUACUUGUAUGAUUCAUUGGUACCAAUUGCACCUAUAUUGUUGAGUCUUACUGCAGCAGCCCCCAUCUUCAAAGGUUAUUUGGUUGAUCAGGAUGUAAGGUGGAAUGUUAUUUGUGGUGCCGUUGAUGAUCGAACAUUUAUUGAAAAGGGUGAGGAGCCGUACAAGGGCCAUCAUUUAUUUGGCGGACUUGAUAUAGAUAAGGAUGAGAAAUUGAGUAUCAACCAGCAUGGUGUGAGCAACACAGGUAAUUUGCAUAAUCUUUUUACAAAAGACGGUAAGCCAAUCCAGCGAGUACCAAAAUCAAGGUAUGAUUCUGUUGAUAACUACCUUGGAGACGGCGGGUAUGACACCAAGUAUUUCAAGGAGGAGUAUAACGACACCAAUGCCCCAAUCAAUUGCAAAAUAUACGAUCGUUUGCUACAAGAUAAGCUGGGUCAAUUUGACAAAUAUUUGGCAAAUCAUUUUGCGCAUUUGUUCAUACGUGACCCAUUGGUUAUUUUUAGCGAGAGGUUGCAUCAAGACAAUGAGUUGAGUAAUGAUCAUUUUGAAAAUUUGCAAAGUACAAACUGGCAAACAAUUAGAUUUAAGCCGCCAGCAUUGUAUGAGAGGACGCCGAAUGGUACGAUAGAUUUCACCAAUAGACCUGGAUGGAGGGUUGAGUUUAGACCAAUGGAGAUACAAAUCACAGAUUUUGAGAAUGCCGCAUACCUGACAUUUAUCAGUUUGCUAUCAAAAGCGAUUAUCAAGUUCAAGCCCAAUUUGUAUACACCAUUGCUGAAAGUAGAACUCGAUAUGAAACUAGCUCAUCAUGUUGAUUCGGUAUUGAAUGAGAAGUUUUGGUUCAAAUCUUUGGACUCGUGGGGAUUGAACUAUCGCGACUUUAUUGGGUACGAUUUCUCAUGGUUUGAUAGGUACUUGAGCGAAGGCAAUGAUGUUCUAUUGGACAACGGUGCUGUAUAUUUGAAUGGGUACAAUUCAAGCAGCAGUCUAGCUGUACUCAAUGGAGAAGCACCGCAUUCUUUAUCAUCUGCAUCAUCUGCAUCAUCUUCAUCUUGUUGUUCAUCUUCGCCUGCAUCGCUGUCAUCAACGUCGGCAACAUCUACAUCACCUUCGUCAAGAGAAAAUGGGUUGAUAAAUGGAUCUUUAGCCUCAAAAGAAGCAAAAGAGACACAUGAAGCAAAAAUACUCAAUGAUGCGGAAACAAAAGGGUGCAAUGGCAAGACUGUAGAAGAGAUUAAUGAUGUCGAUGAUUAUGGUUUCAACCAGAGGUAUUCGAUUAACGACAUUAUCAAUGGUGAUGGCAAACAUCCUGGUCUCAUUAGACUUGUUAUUAAACUAAUUGCUACAGAAUUGGUACCUAAAGAGAGCGAGCAUUGCCAAAACUCCAAAUGUGCUUCAGCGCUUAUACAAUUGAAGCAUUAUUUGUUAUUGAUAUCACAACGUGCUAGUGGACAAAUUCCUACUGCCGCACACUGGAUUAGAGAUCAAGUGUUGAAGAAUGCUGACUAUAAGCAGGACUCGAAAGUUUCUGAUAAGAUCAACUUUGAUAUUGUUAAUGCUGUUGAUAAGCUCACCAAUUUAGAGAACAGAGACUUAGUAUUGGACUUUUUCGGGGAAGUUGUUGGGGAGUACUUACUUAGUAGGAACCAAGUAGGAACCAAGUAG